AUGCCGUCCCAAGGCUCGAAUGAUGAGGGGAACUUUGCUGAGAGCAUGAUCAUCGAGAAUGACAAGAUCUCCCACGUCGGCUCUCUCGAUGGAAUAACCAUCCCAGAAAAUGCAACUGUCAUUGACCUGGAAGAUCGCACUGUCAUUCCAGGCUUUAUCGAUGCCCAUGUACACAUUCUUCAUUACGGACAAUCCUUGCGCAAAGCCAACCUCAUCGCCUGCACCUCCCUCGAUCAAAUCCGCGCAGUCAUCAAAUCUUACGCCGAAGCCAACCCAUCUCUCCCGCGCAUAUUAUGCAGAGGCUGGAUCCAAUUAUCUACCAAUGGAGUCGCGCUAGCAAGUAUGCUGGAUGGUAUCGACCCACGUCCCAUCUUUAUUGACUCCUUCGACCUCCACUCCAUGUGGUGUAGCGAAGCUGCUCUCGAAGAGAUGGGGGCCCAUACUGCCCCCGAUCUUCCCGGUGGAACCAUCCACCGUGAUGAAAACGGAAGAGCUUCAGGUCUACUUGACGAAUCAGCUAUUAUGAACCUUGCAUGGCCUCAUCUAGAAAGCCUGACCUCCACAGAAGACAAACUGAGUGCGUUGGACACUGCAGUUGCUGCAUACACCGCUGCCGGGUAUACCGGACUAGUGGAUAUGGCUAUGGACGAAGGAACCUGGGAAAUUCUGAAUCUCUACCGUCGCGAUCAUACCAUCCCGUUCCACAUCGGCGCACACUGGCUCGUCCCCUUCUCAGCGGACCAAAACGCCAACUUCAAGUACGUGGAUCGAGCAAUUGAGUUACAUAACCAAUAUAACGAGCCUGAUUUCCACGUCCUCGGAAUAAAACUUAUCUGUGAUGGCGUUGUCGACGGAUGUACUGCAGCUCUCCUCCAACCUUAUACUGGUAAAUCCGACCCCGUCGACCCAAUCUGGCCAGAGAAUAUGCUACAAGAAGUAGUCCAGCGCGCGGACUCAGCAGGCAUCCAAUGCGCGAUUCAUGCAAUAGGCGACAAAACCAUCCGCCAAGCAAUCAAUGUGCUAUCGAGAGUCGGCACACCAGGCCGACGACACAGAAUCGAGCACCUGGAACUGACAACCUCGGAAGAUGCUAAACGACUCGGUCAGCUAGGUAUCACGGCCUCGAUCCAGCCUGUGCACUCGGAUCCUAUGCUUUUCAAGGCCUGGCCUGGUCUUGUGGGCCCCGAGCGGUGUAAGCGCGCAUUUGCGUACAAGGACUUCCUGGAUGGGGGUGCUCCGAUUGCUAUUGGAACGGAUGCACCUACUGCAGCUCACUUUCCUUUCCCAAAUCUUUACAAUGCUACUACUAGGCGCUCGGCGCUUCAGACUGAGACUGAUGAUACUGUAAACGCGCAUUUCAGGUUGGGGUUGGCUGAGGCGGCUACUGCUGCCACGGCUGGUGCAGCUUAUGCGCGAUUUGCUGAUUCCUGGACUGGAAGUCUGCAGAGGGGAUUAUAUGCGGAUUUUUUGGUUGUUGAUAUGAAGUGGAUGCCAGAGUCAUUGCUUGAGGCGCGUGUCUGCCAGACUUGGUAUCGGGGGAAGAGGGUUUUUGAUUCUUCCAGUGAUUGA